UGUUGCCACCAGCGUUUCACUUGCUGUAUUGUCCACUUUUGUACUUGCAGGAAAGAUAUUUCCCGCGGUAUUUUAAAGCCAUCACGUGAAAUAUUUGUACAAUAUACAAUAUAAAGCAUAGUUUUGAUUUAUACUGGUUCAAAGUUCUAGCGCAGGACUAUUUGUAUCACAGUUGUGAGGGUGGGUUAGAUCUGAAAGACCUGGCAACCUGCGGAGUUAAAUUCAGCGUUUGGGUUCCAGAGUGUUGCGCAUCUGAAGAAGAUUUCUGCAACAAUCAUAAAGGUAAUGGACAGCAUUGUGAUCGUCGAUGAUGAUAAUGAAGAACCUUCCUCAUCCACUUUGUGUCUUCAAACGACAUCCUGUGUAUCCAGUACAUCUAAGGUUGGACUGUCAAAGCCAAUGCACAUCACAGAGUCACCUUUUGGCACUGCUAAGAAGGAGGGCUAUGUCUUGAAAGCAGAGAAUGAGAAGCUUUUUGGAGAGUUUGUGGAGCACUGCAAAACACACACCCAGGACCACCCAGAGGUUGUGGCAUUCCUGCAGAUGAAGUACUCCAAAGCCUCACCUGACUACCUGUCCUCAGUAGAGUUCCGGAAUGCUCUGGGCCGCUGUCUUACACGAGCCCAAGCCAACACAGCUAAAACCUUUGUUUACAUCAAUGAACUCUGCACUGUGCUCAAACAGCACUCAGCCAAGAGGAGGGCCCUAAUACAGCCCAAUGUCAAAAAGCAAGAGACAAAGUGGAGCAUAUGUGAAAAAGAGAAACGGAAUGUAGAAGGACCGGACCCAACUAUAUCAGGGCAGCUAGAGGGGGGGGAGGAGAACAUCAAAAAAAGAGCUUCCAGGAGACAGAUAGCAUAUUUGGAGAACCUCCUGAAAGUUUACAAUGAUGAAAUCAGACGGUUGCAGGAGAGGGAUUUGGGUUUGGAGGAUCUGGAAAAGGAGGACUCCAGCUACAUCCAGGAGCAUAAGCUCAAACGCAAAAUGAUGAAGAUUUAUGAUAAACUAUGUGAGCUAAAGGGUUGUAGCACACUUACUGGCAGAGUGAUAGAGCAGAGGAUCCCCUUCAACGGCACACGUUACCCAGAGAUCAACAAGAAGAUUGAGCGAUUCAUAAACAGACUGGAAGCCCAACAUAAUCCUCCAGACUACAGUGACAUCCUGCAGGUUGUUAAGCGUGCCAAUGAUCGAUAUGAACUCCUGCUCAGCCGUAAGCAACAGGCACAAAUUGCACAGGAGGCAUUCCGUGAGACCGGCAAUCGGCUCCAGGAAAGACGGCAUUUGGACAUGGUGUACAACUUUGGCUCCCACAUAACAGAUUUCUACAAGACCACCUCAGACCCUGCCCUAAGUGACUCAGUGUUGGCUCAGAAAUUGCGCUAUAACAGAGAGCUGGCUCUCACCAACUUGGAGGAGGUUAUCAGCAGUUAUGCCAAUAAACAGGAUGACACUGAGGAAGAAGAGAGGAAAAAACGUCAGGAAAAGGGGAGACAAAAGAAAGAGCAGAGUGAAACAAAAGCACACGAGCAGGAGAAGAGUGAAGAUGAGCAGGAGGAGGAGGUAGAGGAGGAGGAGGAGGAGGAGGAGGAAGAUGAGGAUUCUUCAGAUGUAGAUAUUGAGGAGGAGAUCCAGGCCAGUGAGGCACAACUGGGGGCAGAUGACUGCAGUGACAAUGAAGAGGAGCAGUUGAACAACUGUGAUGUUGAAAAAUCCAACAAAGAUGGGUUUUCCCCAUCAGUCAUAUUGCCCAGCCAGGUUGAAGAUGAAAGUGAGAGUGGUGGUGAUGUCCUGCAGUCUGUCAGUGAAGUAUGCAGGAAUGUGACCACCGAAAAAUCACUUGACAGCAAGCAUGGCAUAGAAAGUCCUUCUUCUUCAGAAAGCCCCAGCCAAUCAGAGAUGGGGAAACUUCAGUCUGACAUGGACAAAUUUGCCUCCCAAAAUCAUCUUGCAUCUGCUCCUGACAGUAUCAGUGAUCUCACAGAGAUUGUGUCAGCUAAUGAGAACUCCACAUCUACACCAAUAACUGUGUCAGCCAGUUGUAGUCCACUGCCACACAGCCCUGGGGUGACUGACAUAUGUAAUGGCAGGAAGAGGAAGCGUGAUUCAAAGAUGAAAUCCAUGACGGUCCAAAAUGGCAACAUCAGACGGAACAGUGCCAGUGAGACUGAUAUUCCUCUGGAUAUGGGAGUAGCUUGCAGUCCUGUCCGAGCAGAUUCCACCCGGGCUGACACACCAACUCAGGACUUGGUCAGCAGCUCUCGUGCCACACCUCCCCCUAAAAAGAACAAGGUGAAUGUGGCAACACAGUGUGACCCAGAAGAGGUGAUCAUUCUCUCAGAUUCGGACUGACCGUGGCACACUGCUUGUGUUACUGGGCAGUGAGCAUUUGUCUCAAUACCUCGUGACUCUGCGAGUGCCUGCCAAUGUGAACUUUUAAAAUGGGCUCCUUUUGGAGCAGAGGAACAACGCCCUUUGCAGUGGGCUUAAACUAACACCAUACCAGUACAUAUACCAGUAUAGCUGCAACAUACUUGCACUGCCUGGGUGUGGCACAGCAGCAGUUAUUCAGGGUCUUGUAAGUGUUUAAAUUUUAAAAGACUAUUGUAUUGGGUUAUUAUUUUUGAAAGCUUGGGUGAUCAAUUGAACAUAUGGCUUCGGUGCUAUUGUAAUUGAAUUCAAUUAUAGGGGAUGAAUACAUUUUAUGUUACAAUGGGUUUCUUAACAAACUCAAUAAACUUUUUUGUGUAGAUCCGUUGAUA